AUGGGUACGUUGGCACUUGUUGCAAAGGGGAAACAAGUUGUUGAGGAUGAAGAUGAGACUAAUCUUUCUGACUGUGAGCUCACAAGUGAAGAGUUUGCUUUGAUGGUGUCAAAUCCUAGGAGAUUCGAAAAGAAGAAGUUUCCUUCCAACAAAAACCGAAACUGGAAAGGAAGCUACAGUUCAGAAAAAGUGAAGGAGGAGAAAGGUAAUAAUGAUGAAGAUGAAUUCGGUGGAGUGGAGGUAUGGUCCACUAAUUCAGAGGAUGAAGAGAUUAUUCGUGACGAACAGUUUGACACUGAAUGGUAUAUCGAUAGUGGUUGUUCGUGUCACGUGACGGGAAGGAAGGAGGAGCUGAGAGAAUAUAGAGAAUUAGAGAAUGGUGGUCUCGUGAAGUUUGGUAACAAUGCACUUGGGGAAAUCAAAGGAUACGACAUGAUAACAAAUGGCAAAUUCUCAAUUCACAAAGUGGCAUAUGUUGAGGGACUGCAACACAACUUAAUAAGUGUUUCGCAGUUGGUAGUGGGUACAAGACUAAAGGUCUCGUUUGAUGAUGAGGGAUCUAAAUUUUUUGAAAUGAAGACGAAAUCAGUGUUGCUUAAAUCAAAACGUAAAGGCAAGAUGUAUCCAUUGGAUAUCAAUACGAGGGAAACCUUCUAUAUGUCUGGUCACUAA